CAUUCUACUUGGUUGAGGCGAAAUUUAAAAUAAGGAAAGCGUAACUAUUUACCAAAGCUUAUAAAUUGGCCGUCUAUCCAGAUAUAGAUAAAUGAAAACUUUAAUCAUAAUCUUGAUAAGUGAAAUGAAAAAAUCGAACCAAAAUUAUGGCCAUAAUGAGCUGAUGAUUCUCAUUUUCCGAGGGCAAAGGAAAAUUCAAGCAGAAGAGAAAAUACAUAACAUCAAACUUUGAUACUCUCUCCGGAAAUGGUACACCAAUACAAUCGAAGAGGGAACAAAUACACAUACUAGCACACACAUCCGCGAAGAAGACUAGAGGUACCGGCAAAGGAUACUAGGAUAUGCGUGCGGCACGUUUUAUGAGUGUAUUGCACGAUGAAAACUGUUUGUUUGGCGGGCGCGCUCGUGUGUGUGUGUGUGUGGCUGUGCUGUGAUGUAGGCAGCAUUGUUGUUUUCCAUUGAAGCGAACUUGACCGCGUGAAAAGCGACGUGAAGGUGGAGGGUUUUUUAUGCUCCAAAGCCGUACUAUUCACUCACCGUUCGUGUGUAGGCGAGACUGUUGGUUGGUGGCGGCUGCUACGAAUUUCGAUUGCACAUUUAGUGAAAUAAAAACCAAAAAUAGUGAGCAAGAGGAGAGGAGGCUUUCGUGGUACGGGAUACGGUUUUAGCGAGAAAUAGCUCAGGAAGGACGACACAAUGUCUGAUGCCGAGGUCGUUGAACCGAAGAAGGGUCGUGGACGCCCACCGAACCCUGACAAGAACAGUGUGGCGCCGAAAAAGAGGGCCCGUGCCCCUUCGCCGAAGGAGUCAAAGCUGGCCGAGGAGCGCGAAAAGGAGAAAACCGUCGCGUCCGACGAUGGCGAAGAACCGUCCCCGAAGCGGGGCCGUGGCAGACCGAAAGGAAGCACCAAGAAGUCGGCAAAAGCGGCCAAGAAAGCUCCGGCAGCACCGGUCGGCCGAGGCCGGGGCCGGGGUCGAAAGAAGCCGGUCAAAGAGGAAUCCUCCGAAGAGGAGGAUGACGACGACGAUGACGAGGAUGACGAGCCGGAGGAUAGCGAGGGCAAUGAGGAAAAUUAUGAAAACGAAGAGUCCGAUUCGUAAUUUGCGUAAAGCAUACCACUGCCAUACAACUUUCCUUUUUGCGUCCGAUCGACGAGAGCGUUUAAUUGCCCUGGUUGCCGCGAACCAUUUUCCGUGCGCGCACACAUGUACCCCGUGCGGCCAAUGUAAAAGUGUGGGGCGAGAAUCCUUGGAGCGGAGCACAUUUGGACGAAAUUAAACCAAGAUCGAGAUAUCCUUCCCAAACUAACUCAACAGAACAUUUUACGAAUCGUACGAAUCGUGUUGAAAUAAACUAAAAUAAACAGCCACAACAUGUGACCAAC